UAUCUGCCAUCUACUUUGCUACAAUGAGUGCCGGCGGAAGAAGUGUCUCCGAUGAAAAGAAAUAUAAGGGAGUGCGUCCUCGAAGAUGGGGGAAAUGGGUGUCGGAAAUCCGAGUUCCCGGCACCGAAGGACGCCUCUGGUUAGGGUCUUAUUCGACUCCGGAAGCUGCUGCUGUUGCCCACGACGUUGCUUUCUAUUGCCUCCGUCGACCGUCCUCCUUAACCGCUCUCAACUUCCCUUCGUUGUUACCUCCGUAUGUUAAUCCAGACAUGUCGCCGAAGUCUGUUCAGAAAGCGGCGACGGAUGCUGGUAUGGCAAUCGACGACCAGAUGACUAGCGCCAACGGCUCAGUCAACAAUGAAAUGAUGGCGAAUGCGAACGAUGCUAGCGGCGGCUCUUGGGAAAGAAGUGAAGGAAGAGAACUAGAGGGUUUGAGCAUUUCCGUUGAAGAUUAUCUCUAGUCGUCGGAUCGUGGAUUGAGCUUACUAUACGACCAUCGGAGUUUUCUCUU